ACAACAAAUACGAGAUUGAGUGAAACGAUAUGAAACCGUAAGGGGUAAUGUUUUGGCCGGAGCUGAACUGAAUAGCAAGGACUUUUCUGUAUAAAAAAUACUCUCAAUUUGGAAAGUUUAGCAGUCUGAAAUUGCGAUACUUCCUCCGGUGAUCUCAAUGAAAGCUAGGGUUUUCCUACUCUGUUUUCUGUUAUUAUCUUCAAAUUUCCGUUUUCUGCAAUCUGAAGACACGACAAAGAACAAAUUUCGAGAACGGGAAGCCACUGAUGAUGCCCUCGCUUACCCCAAUUUAGACGAAGAUGAAUUGUUGAAUACACAGUGCCCUCAGCAUUUGGAGCUGAGAUGGCAGACAGAAGUUAGUUCUAGCGUAUAUGCAUCCCCGUUGAUUGCUGAUAUUAACAGUGAUGGAAAGCUUGAGGUGGUAGUUCCCUCUUUUGUUCAUUACUUAGAAGUUCUGGAAGGUUCUGAUGGAGAUAAAGUUCCAGGAUGGCCAGCAUUCCAUCAAUCAACUGUUCAUUCCACUCCUUUCCUGUAUGACAUUGACAAGGAUGGGGUGAGGGAGAUAGGUUUGGCCACCUAUGAUGGUGAGGUGCUCUUUUUCAGGGUCUCAGGAUACCUGAUGUCUGAUAAAUUGGAGAUUCCUCGGCUGAGAGUUAAAAAAGAUUGGCAUGUUGGUUUGAAACAGGACCCGGUGGACCGUUCUCAUCCAGAUGUACAUGAUGACCAACUCAUACAGGAGCCUGUCAUGGACUCCGCAGCCAGUCACAAUGCAUCCACUCAUGGAGGCAACUAUUCAAAAUCUACUGCAUCUGAAGUUAACACUGAAACCCAUUCUAUUCAAAAAGAAGUCAACCAUGACGCUUCUAAUGCUUCAAUAUUUUUGCCGUCAGGAGUUUCACCUAACACAUCAAAUUCAUCUAAUUUUGAGGACCAAAAGGGGAAAAAUGAUAGUGUAGCUGGUGGAGAAGUUAAAAUGACUAACUUAAACAAUGUUACUCUGAAUUCUGAUAAUGAGAAAAUCAGUGUCCCAGAGAAUGGAACAAGUAAAGGGAGAAGGCUUCUUGAAGACAAUGUCUUGAGAAGUUCGGAGGAAAGUGAUUCUGGAUCCAAAGAUGUUAGAACUGCAACUGUGGAAAAUGAAGGAGGUCUGGAAGCGGAAGCUGAUUCAUCAUUUGAGUUAUUCCGGGAUAAUGAGGAUAUCCCUGAUGAUUAUGAUUAUGACGAGGAUGAUUACCUUGAUGAUGAUGAAUUAUGGAAAACUGAAGAAUUUGAGGAACCAGAACAUGAGAAAUUGAAGAAUUAUGUUCAUAUUGAUGCUCAUAUUUUAUGUACUCCUGUCAUUGCUGACAUUGACAGCGAUGGGGUGUCGGAGAUGAUUGUUGCAGUAUCCUACUUCUUUGACCAUGAGUACUACAACAAUCAGGAGCAUAUAAAGGAACUUGGAGACAUUGAAAUAGGAAAAUAUGUUGCUGGUGGUAUUGUUGUUUUCAAUCUAGAUACCAAGCAAGUUAAAUGGACUGCACAGUUGGACUUAAGUACUGACGACGGGACAUUCCGUGCCUACAUAUACUCUUCUCCUACGGUAGUUGAUUUGGAUGGUGAUGGAAACAUGGACAUUCUAGUUGGGACCUCCUAUGGCUUGUUUUAUGUGUUGGAUCACAACGGCAAAGUCAGGGAAAAGUUUCCUCUCGAAAUGGCUGAAAUCCAAGGAGCAGUAGUUGCAGCUGAUAUCAAUGAUGAUGGAAAGAUUGAACUAGUUACAACAGAUUCACAUGGAAAUGUUGCUGCUUGGACUGCACAAGGUACAGAAAUUUGGGAAACGCAUCUCAAGAGCCUUGUUCCUCAGGGACCGGUCAUUGGCGAUGUGGAUGGAGAUGGCCAUACGGAUGUCGUUGUCCCAACACUUUCUGGAAAUAUAUAUGUUCUGAAUGGCAAGGACGGCUCAUUUGUACGUCCAUAUCCUUAUAGGACUCAUGGUAGGGUGAUGAAUCGAGCACUUCUCGUCGACUUGAGCAAACGUGGGGAGAAGAAAAAAGGGCUUACAAUUGUCACAAUGUCAUUUGAUGGUUAUUUGUAUCUCAUAGACGGACCAACAUCAUGUGCUGAUGUUGUAGAUAUUGGUGAAACUUCAUACAGCAUGGUCUUGGCUGAUAAUGUUGAUGGUGGCGAUGACCUUGAUCUUAUUGUAACAACGAUGAAUGGUAACGUCUUCUGUUUCUCCACGCCUGCCCCACAUCAUCCCCUCAAGACUUGGAGAUCUCCUAAUCAAGGGAGAAACAAUGCUGCUUACCGUAAUGAUCGUCAGGGGAUCUAUGCAACUCCAUCUUCAAGAGCUUUCCGUGAUGAAGAGGGCAAGAGCUUUUGGGUUGAAAUAGAGAUUGUUGAUAAAUACAGAUACCCAUCUGGGUCUCAAGCUCCUUAUAAUGUCACGGUGAGCUUGUUAGUUCCUGGUAAUUACCAAGGAGAACGAACUAUUAAGCAAAAUAAGAUAUUCGACCGUCCUGGAAAACAUCAGCUUAUGCUCCCAACUGUUAAUGUAAGGACUGCUGGGACUGUUUUGCUAGAGAUGGUUGACAAGAAUGGACUAUAUUUCUCAGAUGAUUUCUCUAUAACAUUCCAUAUGCAUUAUUAUAAGCUAUUGAAAUGGAUUCUCGUACUCCCUAUGCUGGGAAUGUUUGGUGUGCUUGUCAUCCUUCGUCCACAGGAGGCCAUGCCACUACCAUCAUUUUCGCGGAACACUGAUCUAUGAUGUUGCAGUCACCUAUAUUACAAAUUUCCAUCAUGUUGAAGAAAUGAAGCAAAUCACUCCUUCUGGACCUUGAGCGGAGAACUAACUUACUGAUACCGGGUAUGUUCAAACAUGAAAAUUUUCAUUGUUCUGGGCGGAUGUUCUUGAACAAUAGAGUACUCGAGGAGGAAGUUCGUUGAUCAGACCAAUCAAGUCUGGUUUUGUGGGGGGUAAUCUUAGAACGGAUCAUGUAAGGGACACUGCAUUUUGUGAAGUUGAAUAUUUCCUUCUCUCUGAUCUCAGUACAAAUGGUCGUGGACGCGGUUCAUGUUACUAAUAGAGUAGAUUGUGAGAAAAUGUUCACUAUGUAAGGAGAAAUUUACAAUGUGAUGCCGGGAAGUAAACUCUUUACUACUUAUUAGUUACAAUAUAAUAUGGAAUACGGUAGUGACUGAUUUAUUAAAAGGGAUAUCAUUUAUACUGAA